AUGCGCCUCGUGGUGCUCCUUGGGUGGCGGGCGUUCGGUCUUCGCAUCUAUUGCGAGCAGCUUUUCACGCACUUGCUCUUGCUCUUGACGCUGACCGUGUCGCUUGGACUCUCGCUUGGGACCGCGACGGGGCCCAAGUUUGAGAAAGUUCUUCUCUUCUGGCUCAUCUGCACGCCGUUCCUUCUCUUGUCAUUGCUCGCGACACGCUUCUUGACAUGGAAGAACAAAGGGCCGUGCGUAUGGCUGACGCUCGCGCUGUGGUACGGCGUCGUUACGGGCGUCCUCAUCAACUACGACACUCUGCUGGACCUUGUCAAGUCGCAGAAGCUGCCCAAAGCUGGCAACGUCGAGUUGUUUGGGUGCAUUAACAACGUCCUCCUCGGUCUCUCGGCGCUCUACUUUUGCGUCUUUGAGCUCCGCGAGCUCCAUGCUGACGCGACAAAGCGCGGGCAGAGCAAGUUCACGUCGAUCCUGAAUUUGUUCAAAGGCAACAAACCAUCGCCGUACCUCGAGUCGUACUGGAACCGCGUCCAGCUCCCGACCUUCGUCCUCGUCCUUGUCUACGUCGUCUGCGAGUUUACGGCACCGUUUUCGGCCAACAUGCGCGUCUAUGCUGGCAUUCCCAUGCUCUUCUUGCUCUUCAUCAUGUGCGUCCAGUACCUUGAGGUCUUCCCCGCCGUCGGGUACCUCCUCCCGAUGAUGCGGCGCAUGCUGGCCGACGUCUUUUUCUACUUGGUCUUCUACUUUCCGAUUCAGUGCGCGUACGCAAGUGCGUACUACCUCCUCUUCAAGAGCCAAGGCGGGAACCUUAAGCCGUACGAGCCCGAGCCAGCAUUCUCGUCGAACUUUACGAGUGCCAUGGGCUGCUUUUUCCCGAGCGCCAAUGCCUCGAGCAGCGCAACAUCGCUGAAGCUCCUCGAGAUCCUCAAGACCAAGGACAAGAACGACAUGUUUCAAGGCUACGAAACCGUGCCCAAGAGCUUCCUCACCACGUACCUCGUCAGUUUUGGCCAAAUCAACGUCGAGCCGUUCGACCAGCUCGCUUCACCGUCAGCGUACGUGCUCGGGUACUUUCUCUUGGUCACGCACGCGACGAUCGUCGUCGUCAUACUGCUCAGCGUCCUCAUUGCGAUGAUGAACAAGACGAUGGACGCGCAUUUCGCCCAAGACAAGGCCCAGGCAUGCGUGACGUUUGCCGAGUGCGUUCUGCGCAUGGGCAAGGUCAAGACGUCCACGACAAGACGCGGCAACUUGCAGCAAUUGGGCUACAAAGAUCUGUACGACAAUAUCGUGCGUGCUGACCAACAAGGCGAGAAACGUAAGAACGACGACGCGAUGCUCGCAGCGAUUGCGGCGCUCAGCGCCAAAGUCGACCGGCUCCAAGCGCGCAACACGAACCAACACUAA